AUGGUUGCCCAUGCCAACCUCACAGGUGUUUACAACAAUCCAACACCCUUUGGCUCCGCGUUUGUUGUCGACGAUCCUUUGACCGUCGGCCCCGAACCAACGUCGAAGGUCAUCGGAAAUGCUCAGGGCCUCUAUAUAUCAUCCAAUAAAGGCGAAGACCUAAUUCUGGUAUUUUACCUCGAUUUUGGUUUCACUACCGGCAAGUUUAAUGGAAGCUCCAUCAGUAUUUUUUCGAGAGAUAUAGCGGCAGAUCCAGUAGCGGAGCUUGCAGUUGUAGGAGGGAGAGGGAAGUUUAGGAUGGCAAGAGGGUUUGCCCUGCUUAAGAUUGUUUACUGGGACACUGGUAGUGGCAACGCUGUGGUUGAGUGUGAUGUCACCGUAAUUCAUUACGCAGAGCAAACCAAGGUCGAAGAUGGGAGGUUGGAGACGAGUGGUGAUUACGCGUUCAUGUGA